UUUUGUGUUUCCCUCCUAAUUUUAGGGUUGCAAUUGAAAGUAAUGGGAAACGUCACACUUUUUUAUAUAUAUCCUAAAGAAGGCAAUUGAGAAAAAUCAUAAAGCGUUCCUUUCAUUUCGAAGGGCGCCAAUUACCUCACGGAAGUUGUGCUGUAAUCCUACGCAUGAUAGAUUUUGGAAUGCAAACAGUUUUUCUUUAAAAUUUCAUUCACUGGCUUUUCAAUUUCUAUAUCAUCCUCCAUACACCCGAGUUUUCUUAUUUAAGUCCUUUCAAAUCGUCCGCGGAAAAUCUUGUCCGCAUGUCACCUUUGUACCUCUUUCCUGAUAAUCUCAUCUUUCAAAUGUUUAUUAUUUACUUUUUUUCCCGGUCUCAUUUUACGUUAUGAUUAAUAGAGACUGCCGUGUGCUACGUGGAAUUGGAUAGUUAUUUUCCUUAUUUCAGCAGUGAAUUGACUUUUUUUCUUCUUUUUUCUACUUUUCUUUUGUCAACAGACAAUAUCGUAUGAUUUUACCGAAUUCGAAUGAAUGAAGUUUGCGCUUUAUCUGAAGGAUGAUUCUUAGGACUAAAAGUUAGUAAUUAGGAGUGUGAUUUAUGCGGAGGGAAAUCUUAUAAAAUAAUCAUGUAUUGUUGUUUUGUUACUAAAGAGUUUUUAGAAUCUUUGGUUUGUAUUAAAGAAGGCUAUCUUAUGAAACAAAUUGGAUCAUUCCAGCGAUGGAAACGGAGAUACUUCAAAAUAAAACCUCGAAAAUUAUAUUUUGCAAAAGAUAGUAAAUCUGCAAUAUUUGAAGAAGUUGAUCUAUCUGAUUUAAGCAUUGCUGAAUGUAGUAUCAAAAAUGUAAAUCACAGUUUUAAAGUUAUUACUCCUUUUCGAAGUUUAAUUCUUUGUGCUGAAUCUCGUAAAGAAAUGGAAGAUUGGAUCACUGCCUUCAAAAAUGUCAGCAAUAAAGAUUUUUAUGAGGGCACAGAUCAUCAUGAAUUCUUGUCUGGGCAACAUAAUUGGUGUGUUACUUAUUAUGCUCGUCCAACAUUCUGCAAUGUCUGCAGAGAAGCCUGGCCUGGCAUUGGAGUGAGAUCAAAAGGCUUAUCAUGUGAAGUUUGCAAAUUUAAGGCACAUAAGUUAUGUGCUACAAAAGCACCAAACAACUGUAAAUGGACCACUUUAUCUUCAGUUGGUAAAGAUAUCAUUGAAGAUGAAGAUAUUAAUCUUUCUAUGCCUCAUCAGUGGUUAGAAGGAAAUUUACCUGUAAGUGCAAAAUGUAGUUUAUGUGAUAAAACUUGUGGCAGUGUUUUAAGGUUGCAAGACUGGAAGUGCCUGUGGUGCAGAGCUAUGGUGCAUGCAUCUUGUAAAGCCCAAUAUCCUGUUAAAUGUCCACUUGGAGUAUGCCGUGCAUCAAUAGUUCCACCCACAUCUCUUCAUAGUAUUGGUAAUGAUGAAUCAUGGGAAGCAACUUGUCCUCUCGGUUGUAGUCCUCUUUUAGUUUUUGUAAAUUCAAAAUCUGGAGAUAAUCAAGGUGUGAUGUUCCUUAGACGAUUUAAGCAACUGCUCAAUCCUGCACAAGUGUUUGAUCUCAUGAAUGGUGGUCCAAGCUUAGGGCUUCUGAUGUUCCGCACAUUUAAUCCAUUCCGUAUUCUAGUAUGUGGUGGAGAUGGUAGUGUUAGUUGGGUUCUGGCUGAAAUAGAUAAACUUAACUUACAUAGACAGUGCCAAGUUGGAGUAUUGCCUUUAGGAACUGGUAAUGAUCUAGCCAGGAUUUUAGGCUGGGGCUCUUCUUGUAAUGAUGAUGCUCAACUUCCUCAAAUGUUAGAAAAUUAUGAGAAAGCUACUGUUAAAGCCUUAGAUAGGUGGUGCAUUUUAACUUAUGAAAAAUCAAUGCUUGUUCCUAGAAAAAGUCUCUCCCAGAAAAACCUAGAUUUCUCUCCCGACUCCUCUUGCCAAACUGAUGAAUCUGUAGAUACACUCAUAGCAAACAUAUUCACAUCUGAUCAACCUUAUGUUGUUAUUUCAUCCAUUAAAGUGUUAUUAAAAGAUGGAAACAAGCUCAUGAGCAGACUGAAAUCCAAGCUUAGUGAAUCUUCAAAUGAAGUAGUGGAUGAAGAAUCAUGCUAUCAUAAAUGUGAAGUGUUCAGAGAGAAAUUGGAAAAAAUGCUUGCUGCACUGACUGCUGAUGAACUUGCUUCUAAAGAACUCCUUGAGAAAGAAAAGGGAGGUCUGAUGUCUGACACAGAAUAUCUUUCUACUCAAGCAGAUGCUCCUUUCUACCAAUCAAAAAAGACGCCAUUUGUUGAGAGAGAAUCUGUGAUGUCAAGAACUAAUAGUUUAAAAAAAGCUUUUUGGCAAAUUUUUGAUUGCAUUGAAACAGCUGUUGAUGAACAGAAUGCUCAAACCAGGGAAAGAGAUGCAAGCAUUGUUCGAACUCCCACCUCAGAAUCGAUGAAUCCACCGACAGAUAUAACGUUAUCAAGCCCAGAACAUUUUAGCAAUCCUGAAACCACGCCUCUAGGUGUGAGUGAGGAGGAAAAACUCUCGCGUCCAGAUUCUUUUCGAACACCUUGGGGUUCAUCAAUGGGCCAAAGUAUUGGAGCUCCUUUAAAAGACACUUUGCAAGUGACUUUACCCACUAUUCAAGGUGGUGCUAGUGCAGAUAGUUCUCCUUGUCCAUCUCCUGACCCCAACGCAUCUCCUGCCAUUUCACCUUGUUCAUCUCCCAUCUCAGAGCAAGUUAGGUUAGGUCUAGAUCUGCCCCUCAGUGAAACAGACAUAUCUCAUCCUUGUUAUGGAAGUAGCAGCAUUUCAAACUCUAGUUGCUUAACUGGGACCAAAAAUAAUGAAAAUGCUCAAUCACCAACUGCUACUCGCCGUAUAAGUAGUGGGGCUGUACUUAAAAUUCUUGGUACAUCUGGUUUAGAUAAUCCUUCCAUCUCCUGCCAAACAUUCAAAACCUUAUCAGAAGCUGACACAAGAGAAUUUCCUAUUAUAAAUCCUCUAACAACUGUGCCAUCUUGGUCAGAAGCAAAUAAAGACAUUUCAAUUGAAAAAGCUCUUCUUCCUUGCACUGAUGCUUUAUGUGCUGCUGCUUCACCCUUAAUGGAUGUUGAAGAAAUUCCAUUGGAAGGUUUUGAUGAAAGGUGUGUUAUGAACAAUUAUUUUGGUAUAGGUUUAGAUGCUAAAAUAACCUUAGAAUUUCAUAACAAAAGAGAAGAACAUCCAGAAAAAUGCAGGUCAAGAACACGUAACUUGAUGUGGUACGGUGUGCUCGGAGGAAAAGAACUAUUACAUCAAACCUACAAGAACUUGGAACAAAGAGUUCAACUUGAAUGUGAUGGUAAACAAAUACCAUUACCUCCUUUACAAGGCAUUGUUGUCUUAAAUAUCAACAGUUAUGGAGGUGGAUCCAAUUUCUGGGGUGGCACUAAAGAAGAUGAUCUUUUUUGUGCCCCAGCUUUUGAUGAUAGGAUUUUAGAAGUUGUUGCUGUUUAUGGUACUGUACAAAUGGCCGCAUCUAGAGUUAUAAAUUUGCAACACCAUAGAAUAGCUCAAUGUCGGUCUGUAAAAAUCGUUAUUAAAGGUGAAGAAGGUGUCCCUGUUCAAGUAGAUGGAGAAGCUUGGAUUCAAUCUCCUGGUUACAUACGCAUUGUACAUAAAAACCAAACUCAAGUUCUUUGUCGGAAUAGGCAAAUGGAGUCUACAGUGAGAACUUGGCACGAUAAAAGGAGUUCUGGGCGUUCUAUACCAUUAAGCCCUUUGUCAGAUGAAGAAACCCAAUUACUAGGGAAUUUCACAGAAGUAGUUUUGAAUCUCAUUAGAAACAUCAAAGUUGCUGCCAUAUCUAUUUCUGCUGUGGAGGAAGAUCUAUUACCUAUCUCUAUUCAAGUUGCUAACUAUGUUGAAAAGCUUUAUCCUGGUGGUAAACUCUUAGAAGGCAAUAACACGAGGCAAGUUAUUACCGAUCUAGUAAUUGCAGUGAGACAUCUAAUGCAAGAAGUAUCAACAUUUGUAAGAGAAAAGAAAGAUUCUUUGGAACCCGGUAGUCAUUUGGAAGAAAAACUAACAUAUGCUGCUAGUCAUAUGGAAAAAGAACUGAGAAACUGCUCUGAAAACCAAGGCUGGGUGUAUUUUCAUUCUGAAGAAGAACCCGUGUGCCCGGACCAGAAAAGAAACUACAAAGGUCUGUUCAAGCUCAAGUUCCGCAACAAGCAUGGAAAGAAUAAUAAGGCACUUGAAAUAUCCUGCCAAGACAGCGGAGGAGACUGCAAUUGUAGUAAUUCACCACCAUGCGAAGGUUCUGGCUGCGGUACUCCUACUGAAUCGAUGGAAAAGUCGCUCAGUGAUCCACUUAUAUCAGCUGUGUUGAAUUGGGGAACAGCAGAUGUAGCAGUGUGGUUGGAAUCUAUUCAAAUGGGAGACUAUAAAGAGAGCUUCAUUAAUCAUGAUGUUCAAGGACCAGAAUUAUUGCACUUGGAAAGAAGGGAUCUUAAGGAAUUGGGAGUAACUAAAGUUGGACACAUCAAGCGAUUGCUUCAGGCGAUUAAAGAAAUUACAACCAACUCAAUAGGGCGAAAACUGGUAGCAUUAUGAACUGCACAAAUUACUAUUUUUACUUACUGAUAUUGAAAGUUUUAAAGUUCUUCAUUACAUUCCAUAAUUAAAAAGAAACAUUGGCAAAAGAUUUUUUUUAAACUUCAUAUAAUGCUCUCUAUUUAUUGCUGUUUGUGUCUGAACAUGACAAAAUUUAAAUUAUGAACAACCUUUCAAUGCUUAUAAUUUAUUUUAAAAAAAUUUUGAUAAUGAAUUGCUAAUGGAAAAACUCUUUAUCUACUGUAAACAUUAAAUAAAUUUUUAUAAACAUUUCAUAUAAAAUAAUUUUAUCGUCUGCUCUUCAUUCUUUAAUCUCUUAUGCAGGAGCUAAAUGUUUUUAUUUUUCCUAUAAAUGUUAGAUACCUUUUCUAUAAUAUUUUGUGCAGACUUGAAAAUAAUCUUUCUUGAAAUUUCUUCUACGCUCUAUCUUUUAAUUUGAUGUGAAACUGCUAAAUAUCCAUCUAAAUAUUAAAGCUAUAGUAUUUUUUGUAUCUAUGAAAAAAAGUAUAUUUUAAAGCUUAUCAUUGUGAUAGUCAUAGUUAUUUAUUUAGCGUAGCAAUCAAUCAUAAUGAUUAAUUUCCAGCAUGAGUAUUGUGAUAUUUAAUACUCUUCAUUCAAAACAUGUGAAAAUCCUUUCUAGCUAGUAAAUUUACUGAUUCAUGAAUGUAGUUUUUUUUAUGUCAGUUGUUAAAUUGUAUUUCUGUUCUUUUAUUUUACCUAAUUCCUGAUUUAAAAUGUAUUGUAGUGUGAAAACAUAUUUGUCUAUUUUAACUUUAAUGUUUUCUAAGUGAAUUUUCAAGCUUUUAAUGUGAAUAAAUAUUUAAAUGUCUUUUUUUUAAAACCUUUUUAUUUUAUCUUCACUUUUUAUACAUAUUUCUCUGAUGUGAAUUAUAAUCAGGAAAUUAUUUAUUUUGAUUGGAUAUUUUUAGCAUUGAGUGUUAGAGCUGUGUUACUGCAUUAAAAAAAAUAUUUUGUGACUAUUUUCAUACAACUUAGAUGUUUAAUGCUAUAUUGCUUAAGAGAUCUUUAUUGAUGUUUUCUUUUUCUGUGAGAUACUGUGGAAACUAUUCAAUCAAAUGGCUGAACAAAACUUAUUCAAUCAACUUAUGAGAUGGCCUUCAAGAAAACUGUUUUAUACUAAAUGCAUGUGUGUAUAGCUGAAUCAGUAUUCAUUGAAUAUUACAUGUGUUACAAUAAUUACUUGUGUUUCCAUUGCACUCUUUUCCCCCCUGCUCAAGGCAGUGAAACUACGGGAUAAUUUUUUACAAAGAUACUCGGUGAUUUUUAAUGUAAAUACUUCUAUAACUACAAAUUAUUUCAAGCUGUUUUCACAACCCUGCAAUAAAAUUUCAUAAAUUUUUUUUAAUAAAGCAAAUUAUUUGUUUAAAAAUUAUUUGAUAUUAUAUUUGUAAAUUAAGAGAGGUUACACGAUUGUCUUAAAAAAUGUUACACGAUUGUCUUAAAACAUUAUUGUUAUUUUAUCAAAUAAUAUAAAUGCAAUGAUGUUGCAAAGGCCGCGUGUGCAGCCAGACAAAAAACAGUAUGUUUAGUAUUUUAAUAAUAAAUAACGGCUUCUGAAAUAUCUGAAUAUGAUAGUAGAAAAAAGCAAUAUAUUUAUAGGUUUUAAGAUUAUGCUAUUAAUUUAAGAUAACCCUUGUAUCGCUAAAUUGAAACUAUGUCCCGAGUUCAAUUUAAUUUCUUUUCCUGCACAGAAAACUAGUUUUCCUUGUUAUUAGACUGGAAAAAAUUGUUCUUGGUAGAGAAAUUUUUUUCAGAAUUUUCCAAAUAGCUAAAGUAGGAAAAAAUUAUUAUAAUUUUUAAUGAGCAUAAAAAACGUUUAAAAUCUCCAAUAUAUUUUAUUAAAAUAUUUAUAAGUGCAAGCAAAUUUUAAUGCUAUUCUGGUACAUCUUCAGUGUGUUGUACAAAACAUUACAGUGAACAGUGAAAAAUAAAGUUUAUUCAAACUGUUCUUGCACUGAAGAUUAUGCCCCAGACUUACAUUAAAACUUUAAUGUCGUUUUAAUAUAUUUGUCAUUUUUAACAUUGGUUUUUACUUGUUUGACAGUAUGUGCAUGUGAGAGCAUGUUUGUAAAUAUAUAAUCUAAAAGUCUACCUGCUUUUGCCUUGAUGUAAGAAUGGAUUAAGUAAAAUUUCAUUAACUUUAAUUGACAUUUUCUCAAAACACUGUCUUGCAGUCUUUGCACAUUUCUAAUUUUGAGCUGGACAUCUUAAAAAUCUAACAUCCUAUAUGUUACUAAUGUACCAAUUAUUUAUUUAUUUACUUUGGUUAAUUGAUUGAUAAAAUCAAACUUUUAGAAUAUUCUAAGUUCAUCAUUAAAUCAAACUCUAAACAUAAUUAAAAAAUUCCCACAUUCGACGAAAUCUCUUUCAACUUCUUUAAUUUUCAACUGUAAUGAAUAAAAAUGUAUCGUAUUUGUGUCUUAAAAGCACUGUUUUAAAAAGAUACGAUUUUAAGUUUACGAAAGCUUAUUUCAUCCAUACUUGCUAUUCUUUGUCUUAACUUAUACUUAAAACUUGAUUUUACAUGUGCAUACUGCCAAAUUAUAAAAUAAGAAAUAUUAUAGUAGUGUACCUACUUAGUUGUUGAAUUGUGAUUGUCUAGCACAAACAACAUAAUAUUACUACUUAUAUAAUAUUCUUUCAAUUAAACUAAAAUUUUGGAAAUAAACAAUAACAUAAUUAACAAUAAACGAAACAUAAUUACAAAAGAGCAAAAUUUGAAUUUUUAAACAACUGUGAUAAAACUGAAGCUGUAAGAAUUUGAAGGGUUGUAGGGCGUACAAAUGUUUAAUUUAAAAGUGGGUGUAAAUGUUUCAACUACUAAAUUUCCUUUAAAAUGCACGUGCAUCGUAACUAAGUUUAUUCAAGUGCAAAAAUAUUUAUAAUAGGUCUAUUAUUUCUAAUGAAAUUUAGUAGCUGCUAGUAUAUGUUAAUCAAUUAAAUUUAAAAGUAAACAAGUUCAGAAUUUCAUUUUGUUGCAGUAUUAGUCUUUAUUUAGUUAUUUUAAGGUACAAAUUUUACUCUUUUUGUAAUGUUAAUCACAGUUAGAAUCUCUUAAAAAUUACUUGAGGUCAGAAGGUAAUUUGAAAAGUCAGCUAUUUAAAGAGUUAUUUCUUGCUUUCAAGAUAAGUUUAUCAAGUGAUUAGUUGAUUCUUAUUAAACCUAGAUUUUUUUUUUUUUCGUAUAUAAGAUUUCAAGUUAUAUAAAUCUUUCAUGGCGUUACCUAUAUUGAGAAGUAGACAUACAGAUAGCUUAAUUUUAGGAUUUCUGUAAACAAUUUUUAUUAUGCGUAAAAUAUUUUCUGAAAUUUCUAAUUAACAAAAUGUUUUUUAGAAGUUGCCUAUAUUAAUAAAUAAUUUUAAAAAUAGGCAAAUUAGUCAUGUUUACUUUCAGGAUUUACGUAGUUAAUUUGUAUUCGACCUAGUUCCUUCAUUUUAAUUCUUGAACAAUAUGCGAUAAUGUCUAAAUCUUUUGCGAAACUUAAGAUAUAAUUCGAAAAAUUAACAAAAUAAAAUUCUGAUUACGAGCUGAGAAAAUUUGUGUAUGCAAUUUUUGCCUGGUGUAUGUAUCUUAUCCACGUUAAAAAAUAAUUUUAAAUGUUGGCAAAGUAAAAAUUUUAUUACUAGAGUUAAGAAAAUAAAUCUAUGCAAUUUUUGAUCAUAAAUCCACAACUUAUGUAUGUUAUUUUUAUUUGAAGUUUUAAAAAUUGCUUUAGCUAGUUUUUUACCUAAGCAAUGUCAGCAAAGAGCCUUUUGUAGUUCAAAAUUAAUAGUUGUUUGUCAUUUAUCUAAAAUAUAUACAAACUGAAAUUCCAAGCUUUAUUGAAAUUUGAAAGUUAGUAAAUAAUUCUAUCAAAAAUUGUUUUGAAUUAAUUUUGUUAUGAACAUAUAAAAAAUAGUUGAUCUAAAGAGGUAAAAUUGGUUUAUAUUAUAGUUGUUUAUACAUAGGUUAAUUUUUAAAAAAAUUCGUAAAUGUUUACAAACUUUGAAGUGAUUUGAAAAAUUUGUCUGUUUUUAUAUCAUAGUAUGAAUAGGUUUAUUUCUGGAUUCCUUUCUUAUUUACUAACAAAACCAAUUAUUGCUUGAAUGCUGAAAAAAAUCAUCCAUGCAGUAUUUACAUGGCUAUUCUGAAUUCCCAUUAAGAUUUCAAAAAAUCAUAUUGAAAAAUCAGACAAAUACAUUAACAACUAACUAUGCUGUAAAUACAGAAACAAAAUAAACCUUAUUUACAGCUCUAUCAGAUGCUCUAUUUUUGAUUCAAACCCUGGUCACACAGUAUGCAUCAAUACGAUAAUCCCAUUUCUUCCUGACUUAACAAAGGUCAAGAAAUGUGAUCUUUUCACUCGGCAUGCAGCAAAGGAGGUAAGAAAACAUGAUCUUUUGCCGUAAGAGAAAGUCCAUGUUGAAUAGUGUCUGGCAGGAAAAUGAUUGCUAUACUGAUAUAUACUAUGAGUCCAGGGGUUCAGAAAUAGUACACUCAUGAGGGCUGCAACUAGAAUUGUUUCUGUAUUUAGUUCUAAGAUUGUUUUUGCUGUAUUUCCCUUUUUAUUAUUAUUAUUAUUACUUUGGGCUUCUAAAACCCUAGAAUUUUCUCGAAAGUCCUAUUAUACACAAUCACUGUUUGUAUUUUUUAUCUGGUUGUCAUAAUUAAUAUUCUAUGCAAAUAAAUAAUUAAGUUUAAGUGUAUUUUGAUGUCCUUAAAAAAUGUAGUCCUGGUGCUACUUCACUCUGUCAUCCACUGCCUUUGUAUUAUUAUAGUGAUCAUUAAUUGUAGUUAAAUUUUAAAUAGUUUAGAAAUUGUUUUGUAUGAAAUUUUAUGAUUUAAAUACUCAGUUCAAGGAAAAGCUUUAAUGGAUUAAACUAGGAAAUACGAGUUUUAAAAAAAAAUAUGUUAUAUGUAGUUUGAUUUUUUUUUUAGUUGUAAAGAUAUAUAGAGUAAAAAGGCUUUAGUAAGUGCUAAUUAAUGAAUAAAAUAUGAGCUAUAGAAAUAGUGUAAGGUAGAAUUCUACAGUUUAAGGCUCUAUUAUUAAGAUUUGUGUGUGUACUGCUGUUAUUAAGCUUAUGCUUUUAUAAAUAUUUUUUUAAUACAGCAAACUAGUUUUGACUGUUUCCUCUUAGAAAAAUCUUUCUGGUUAAAUACAAUAUUUAAUAUAAGUUACAUUUAAACUUCUUUAAAUUGGGUUACUAUUGAUUUCUUUGACAUUUCAAUCAAUUUUUUUUUAUGACUUAAUGUUUAUGUUUGAAAGAUAUUAACUGUAAAGUUUGAAGAAUAUUUUGUUUUACUUUUUAUUUAAAUUUUAUUGUCUAAAAUACUUGGACUUGUUUAAUAUAAGAAGCAAUGCUUGUUUGCAUUAUUGCUUGGAUAAUACAAGCGAAAGUUAUUCUUAAUACCUGGAAAACAAUAACAUAGAAGUGAAAACAAAUGUUACUUGUAACAUUUGUUUAACAAGUUCAAUUGUAUUUAAAAAAAACGAAAAAAGACAUUUCUUUUAUUAAUAUUUCUUCAUAUGCGAAAGACUUAGUAAUAAACAUUUUGCCAAAAACUGAAGAUUUUUUCUUCUUCUAUUUGUUAUUCAUUUUGAGUAUGCCAUCGAACUCUACCAAUUCAAGUUAUCGUUUUUAUUUAUUGUACUUAUUGAUAUGCAGUUUUAAACUUUGUUAUUUAGGCCGAUUUUUGAAUUGCAUUUAAAACAUUUAUGUAAUACCCGUGCCUCUGAAAACAACUCCAUUUUAUGUGAAACAUACUGUAGAUUUUUUAUACAAAUAGAUACGUUUAGUCCAUCAUAAUCUUUAUAAAAAGCUUUUAUAUAGAUAAAUUUAUGAACAAUUUAGACAAAAUAGUUAAUUUUCAAGCGUAUAUAUUGAGUAACUUUAUAUUGGCUGUGUAGAUGUGGAAAGGGUUUAUUAACAUUUUAAAUACGGCACUUAACAUGCUAAAGCCUGUUUCUCUGACCCAUUUGUACCCACCGUAAGCAAAAGGUUAAUGUAUUACUUAUUUAUCAGAAGUCUUUUAUUUAUUUUUUCAAAUUUGUUGUAUUGGUUGGAAAUUGAAUAAUGUUUACUUGUUUAGUAGGUAAAAGACAGUUAUUUUUAAAAUAAUGUAUAAAGUUUUUUUUUCCUCCUUUUUCAAAUAGUUAUAAUUUGAAAGCUGUCACCGUAGCCUGAUUUAUCAUAAAGCCUGAGAGGCACAACAAUGUUUAAAAAUCAUUUUUGUCUAUUUUCUUUAAGAAUGUCUAUUAGAAUUACAAGUUAACAAAAAUUUAAAUAAAUAUAAGCUCAACUUUACAAAUGUAUCAUAAUUUAUUUAUGUUUUAAAUAAUUCAAAAGAUUUUUUUAAUAAAAAAAAAAAAAAAAUUUGACUUAAAGUUUCAAUCAGUGGGGCCCUCGAUAUUUUUGUGCCAAAAGGCACCUGAUCUCUAAAUCAGUCCCUGGUUUUCACUCAUAAAUUUUAAGAACUUUGCUUAGCGUAAUUAUCUUACUGCAUAAAAGAAAUCUAAAUUGAAAUUAUGACCUCUGUUUUUUAUUUUUUGUUUUUUUCUUUCUUAAGUUCUACAAAUUGUGUAUGUGAAAAAUUGUGUUUUUGAUUUAUUUUCAUGCAAAUAAAUAAAAUUAGUUUUUAAAACUUUUUCGCAUAUCUGAAAGUUCACAAACAUUGAGGAAAAGAGCAAUUUUACUUUAUAUAUUCACUAUUUUUUUUUAUUUUCUCACUAAUGCUCAAAAAAUUUCAGUUUCUGUUAAAUUCUUUUUGAAUUUCCAACCUAUACAUUUUAAAAAAUUUAAUGUUAUAAAAAAGUAGAAUAUUAUUUGUGAUGCAAUAAUAGCAUUUAUGUCCCUUUCCAUAUUUCAAUCCACUUUAGCUUUAGUUCUUAUGAAAACAAUAAUAUUCACUCCAUGUCAUGGGGAAGUAAAUUGUUAAGAUACUUUUCUUUGUUACUCAAAAUGCCAAUUGGAUAACUAUUUAAACUUCUAUUUCGAAUUUAAUGUACAUUUGAUUCUUUUCUAAAUUUGCUUUUGCUAUAAAUUGUAGGAUGAAAUAAAAGGUAGGAAAAUAUUAUCCCAAAUAUUGGAUAAUAUUUAAUUUAAUGCUUUGCAUGCUCUUGACGUUUUAAAUAUUUUUUAUCUUUUUCCAGAGCUAUUUAAUUACUGCAAGACUGUGUUGUAAACUUUACUUCCCCUUUUACGGGUUAGUUUAGUAUAUAUGGUGAUUUCUUUAUUAACCUUAAUGCUCUUUUUUAUAUAUAAAUUUGGUUUAAAGGGUAAUGCCAUUUUAGAAAUUUCAGAAGAUUUUAAUUAAGAUCAGAAAAAACCAAUAGCAUUAAUCUAAAAUAAAUUGUCAUUGGCCUUGUUUAUAAAAUAAAUUUUUAUUGGCCUUAUUUAUAAAAUUUUUACUGAAACAGUAUGAAGAUGAAUCAAUCAAUAUGUAAUUGUAAUUUUUGUAUUGAAAUAAAUAUAGAUAUUUUGAAAGUAAAUGUGAUAUCUUUGUAUCACAUUUACUUUACAUUAUUAUAGAAUAAGGUAAAAAUAAUAAAAUUGUUAUUAAUAAUAAACUAUCAAACAUGUAUUUUUUCCUUAACCUUAGCCUACUUUGAUAGGUAAUUAAAUGCAAAUCCGUCAAUCCAAUGUAUAUACUUUUUUUUUUCAGUUUAAAAAUGUUUUACGUAGUUUUCAUGUUUGUUUUUUAAAAUAAUUUCUUAAAUAAAAUUUUAAAAAAUAUGCUCUAAAUUGGAAUUACCCUUUAAACGUUUUUUUUUUUUAUUAUUAUUCAGUGGCAUAAAUAGCUCUCUUUCAACAGUGCUGAGAGCUUCAGGAGACUUCAGAGCACAUUAGCCAGAGAGUUAAUAUUUAUGUAAGAAAGUAAUAUGUAUGAGACUUUUUUGGCUUCACUUUUAUGCCACUGCUUUUCCUAGAACUAUUCAAGCAAUAUUUUAAUAAUUAAAGCAUCCUUGUAACGAAUCAACCCAUACCGCUUAGAAAUCAAGUAUCGAUUUCUUCCCUCGUUUGAUUUUACAAAUAUGAAUUCACGUUUAAGUGUUACAAUAAAAAACUUAUUUGUAAUAAUAAUAAAAAAUACUCUAGCAACUUGUGUCAUCCUAAAUAAAUGUGCCACUGCCCAUCAUUAUAGUGAACUAUAACGUGGCUGCAAUUUGGAUGACUAUUAGUUUGUCAUUUAGUCUUAGACAAUCAUCUCAUCUGUUUGUAAUAUAUAUAUAUAUCAAAGGCUUAUCACAGUGAUUAUUUAUUUUCUAUGUAAGCUUAUAGAGAUCCAUUAGUUAUUUAUGAUUACCAGCGAGUGUAUGAGAUUUCACAUUCCAUGAAUGUUGAGCUGUACAUAUUGGAAAUAUUUUUCAUACUCUAUUUAUUUCUGUUGUGUUUUGAAAACCAAAUUGUUAUGUAACCUUGUGUUGAUUAUUUCAUUUAAAUAAAACACUACUAACAAAAAAAAA